UCCACACGCGCUGGGUCACUUCUCGAGGAAGCAACGGGCUGGUUUCUCCGAAACAUUUUAAAGGAUCGGUGUCCGUUUGAAGGACAACAGCGAAUCUCCUCUCAUGCCAGUGCGUGUUUAACGUUGGGAGGGAACACAUCUCCGCUGUUUCGUUUCGUUUUAACAAUUGAACACUGCAGUGUACAGUCCGACGUUUCACUUGGAUUUUAGGAGUGCAAGCGCGGUGUGCGCUCAUUCCCCUAACCAUGGAAUUAUGGAUAAAGUUGAUGGUGUUGUACGGUUUCUGUUUAGGGGCAAGUGCUGAGAAUGACGGCAGGUGGCCUCGGCAGAUGGCCUCGUCCAAUGGGCUGUGUCGCUACGGCGCCCGCAUCGACUGCUGCUGGGGAUGGACCAGGCGCUCCUGGGGCCACUGCCAACCAGGCGUCUUCGCUCUAACCCACAGAGUAGUCGGGAGAAUAAGGUGUCCGCCACAAGCUCUGUGCCAGCACGGGUGUAAGCAUGGAGACUGCGUAGGACCCAGCAAAUGCAAGUGUCACCCUGGCUUCACUGGAAAAACCUGCAAUCAAGAAGAGGAACUGGACUAUGUAACCCCCCUAACAUGGGACAGUCACCCCCCUAUCUUUCUUCCUGUGGACCACCAGCCUCCAGCAGGGGUGUUGAUGGAGGACCUGAACGAGUGCGGUCUGAAGCCCCGGCCGUGCAAACACAGGUGCAUGAACACAUACGGCAGCUACAAGUGCUACUGCCUCAAUGGCUAUAUGCUGAUGCCUGACGGGACCUGUGGAAAUACCCGUACCUGUGGUAUGGCCAACUGCCAGUAUGGCUGUGAGGUGCUGAAGGGAGAGGUGCGCUGUCAGUGCCCGUCGCCAGGGCUUCAGCUGGCGCCGGACGGAAGAACCUGUGUGGACGUGGACGAGUGUGCGACCGGCAUGGCCAUAUGUCCCCGGUUCCGUAAGUGCAUCAACACAUUUGGGAGUUACAUCUGUAAGUGUCACGAGGGCUUCGACCUGCAAUACAUCAACGGGAAGUACCAGUGCGUAGAUGUGGAUGAGUGCUCCUCAGGCCAAAACCAAUGCAGCAGUUUCGCCACCUGCUAUAACACGCCUGGUUCCUACAAGUGCAAGUGCAAAGACGGCUACAGGGGGAUGGGCCAUGACUGCAAACCCAUUCCCAAAGUGGUCAUCGAUCCCCCCAGGUUCCCCCCGAACCACCACAACAUUAUCCCUGACUCGGACCACAAGAGGACCACCACCACGAUCCGACCGCCCAUGACCGCCAAGAGAGUCGCCCCCACCGCCCCUAAAAGAAUCACAACCACUCCCAAACCAACGACCACUACUACUACAACUACUACUAGAGCACCUUCUACAACCACACCACCACCUCCCCCACCUCCUCCAAGAACGAUGCCCCCCGCCCCUCGUAAGCCAGUGGUCCCCACGAGACCACCAAUCAUACCCACCAGGAGACCCCCUGUAGUCACCCGUAAGCCCUAUGUGCCCCCACGGCGUCCCGCCAUCACCUCUCCACCACCCCCCACCCGCAGGACCCCCCCCUACGUGCCCACACGUCGCCCGCCUCCCCCAAAACAGCCUGAACCGGUCACCCCAGUGGACAACACCAUCGAGAAGGAUGUCACCAAACAGAGAGGUGACGUCCACAUUCCACGUAACCAUGAUCACAACACCGUCUUGGGGGUCGACUUUGACAUUGAGCUGGGCAACACGGCCGACGAAGCGAAGGAUGACGCAGAGGCUGGCUACCUGAGCUGCUCAUUUGAUAACGGCCUUUGCGGUUGGAUCCGGGACAAGGAUGGCGACCUGCAUUGGGAGACAACACCGGACCCAUCUGGUGGAAAAUACCUCACCAUCCCUGAGGUGAGCGACAAGAAGAGCGGGCGAGGGGCGCGCCUGGUCCUCCCGUUGACUCCUCCCUGGAACGACGGUAACCUGUGUCUGUCGUUCCGCCACAAGCUGGCAGGACACCAUGUGGGUAUGCUCCAAGUGUUUGUGAAGAAAGGGAAGCAGUACAGCCCGGCCGUGUGGGGAAGGACGGGGGGCAGCGGCUGGAGACAUACCCAGAUCACACUGUGGGGCACGGGACUUGAGAGUGUGAUCCUGAAGGGCGAGCGCGGGCGCGGCCGGAGCGGAGAGAUGGCCGUGGAUGACAUCACCUUGAGAAAAGGUUCCUGCACCGAGGAGCACAAUCUGAGAAGACAUUAAUACACACAGCAGAGAGACAGAGAUGGAGAGAGAAAGAAAGAGAGAAGUGGAGAGAAGAUAGAGCCCAGGGAGGAGCAGACUCUGAUUGGACCCCCAUAGAGGGUCCAAGAGCACCUCUGGCGAGAAGGGGCAUUUCUCUCUGCCUGUCCACCAAUAAGAAGACCGCACCAAACCUGUCCACCAAUAACUAGACUGCACCAAACCUGUCCACCAAUAAGAAGACUGCCCCAAACCACAGGGGAGAAAGAGGAUCCGCCAUGUGAUCCCCCACCACCCCUACCCACUCUCUCCAACUCUUCAUCACCCGGUCCCUCACUAUUAACGUGUGCAUGCCCCUGGUAACCUUGGAAACGUCCCUGUGAGCACUGCCACCCAGCCAACCACACCGCCCAAAGGCCUUCAUCGAUGUUACAUCAUCUUGCUUUCAAAUUUUAGUCAGAAGCCACAUUUGAUUGUUUGUUAUCCAUCAUUUAGAUUGUCUGACUGUUUUAACCUGCGUCGUGUUCAUUAGGUACCAAACAGGGAAAAACUGACUGAAACAGGGAGGGACUACGAGGGCUUGUCCAAUAAGAAACAAUUAUUUACAUUUUCCAUUGCAGAGCAUUUAAAAACAUUUCCUGUUCUGCGCCCUAAUGAACGCGACCCAGGGACAACAAGAGAAGACACCAACCUGUAAUGAUAAUGGGGAGAAUGAAAAAUCCAAACCCUGCUGAGUUUAUUUAGACAAAUCAAAUUCUGUAAAACUAGUGCUGAGGCACUCGUAUGUUACUAUUGCUACAACCGUAUGCAAGUUCACAUGAUAAGACAUUAUUAUCUUUUUUUUCUCCCACUGUAAGAUUUGUUUUAUUUGAAUGGAUUAUUUCCAAGACUUUCUGAAAUGGGUCUUGGAGAAGUGGCGUAUGAAUUCUGAAUUUUAAGAUUGACCGUGAUUUCUCUCUAUGUGCUUUGUUCUAUUAAGUGCAAGUUGGUUGUACUGGCGAUGACGGUAUCAACGAUUUCUGGCUCUCACCCAGUGUAUUAUUGUAAAUGUAGUCGUGUGUACAUAUUCUAGAACACUUUCAUGCUCAUAUUAAGCUGUGUGGUUUAUACGUUUAUGUAAAUUCAGACUUAAGUAUUAAUUGGAGUUGAAAAAUGUAUGCUUUUCGUUUGUUUCUAUAAUUCAAGAUCAAUAUAUGGAUAAACAUUUGAACCUUGUGGGAAUACAAGGCUGUUUACAGUACAUAAAUUACCAUCUGUUCAUGCUUUAUGUUGAAUUACUAGAUCGCUUCCUCAGUAGUUUUUUAACGUUUCGCAGUACACAGUUGCAUUAUUGUGUCAUCUGCCAUAAUGAAGGUUCUGAUCUGUUGGAAAUUCAAACUGACCUAUAUGCUUGGAUCAGUUCACCAAAUUCUCAUAAUAUACUCAGCCAAUUAUGUAAAUAAAGGGACAUUGACUGAUA